CGCACUGUGCUGAAGAGAAAUGUCUUGACUCUCUGGUGGCCGUUUGCUGCUUUUCUCUGUUGCUUCUGUUUUUUGUCCUCGGUUUACUUGGCUAACGUUCGGCAAUAAGAUCCAUAAUUCAUCACUUCUGCUAUGAGCGAUACCGUGUUGGCCUUGCAUUAAAGAGCAUUAGGCUUUUCAAGUGAAGAAAAGGGUGGAUAAAAGGGGAGACCACCCUCUCUCGUCUUGCUAAAGGCUUGAUGUCGACACGAGGUUCAGCCAUGAGUGUGUUCCCACCUGUUCGCAAGGACCGCGUCAUCCCGCAGCUCCCUCACUGCUUCCGCAAGGAUGCCGCGCUCCAUGUCGAAAGCGACUUCAACCCCAAAGUGAAAGCUGCAUGCCAGGAGCAGCGCACUGGCACAGUCGGGUUUAAAAUCUCCAAGGUUAUCGUAGUUGGCGACUUAGCUGUGGGCAAAACCUGUCUAAUUAACAGGUUUUGCAAGGACAUUUUUGACAAGAAUUACAAGGCCACCAUCGGCGUGGACUUCGAGAUGGAGCGCUUCGAGGUGCUCGGCGUUCCUUUUAGCUUGCAGCUGUGGGAUACGGCAGGUCAGGAGAGAUUCAAGUGUAUCGCUUCAACGUAUUACAGAGGAGCGCAAGUCGUGAUCAUCGUGUUUGAUGUUACUGAUGUGGCGUCUUUGGAGCACACCAGGCAAUGGCUUGAAGAUGCCCUGAGAGAGAACGACCCCACAGCAGUUCAGCUGUUUCUUGUCGGCACCAAGAAAGAUAAGAGUUCACCUGCUCAGUACUUGAAGAUUGAACAGGAUGCCCUUCAGGUGGCGCAGGAGAUGCGAGCAGAGUACUGGGCGCUCUCAUCUCUGACAGGGGAGAACGUGAAAGAGUUCUUUUUCCGGGUGGCAUCGCUGGCGUUCGAAACAAAUGUCCUUGCUGAGCUGGAGAAGAGCGAAACGAGGCAAAUAGGCAACAUCAUCAAAAUCCAGAGCAAUACUAGCAACCUAUAUAACACAUCCAAGAAGAAGAAACAACCGGCCUGCUGUCAAUGAUGCCGCAUUGGAAAGUGGAAGGUGCAAAAGGGAUAAAAAGGACGCUGCUGUGGUGAAACCGAGAGAGGGAAGAUGUCAGAUUUUCCUGGCUUGGAGAACACUUUUUCCUCACGCGGUGCUAGCUUGUGAGUUCACAUGUGCAUUGGGAAUUACAGUGGUAUGAAAAAGUAUCUGAACCUUCAGGAAUUUCUCACAUUUCUGCAUAAAAUCACCAUAAAAUGUGAUCUAUCUUUGUCAAAAUCACACAAAUGUAAAAACAGUGUUUGUUUUAACUAAAACCACCCAAACAUUUACAGGUUUUCAUAUUUUAAUGAGGAUAGCAUGCAAACAAUGAAGGAGGGUAAAAAAUAAGUAAGUGAACCCUCUGCUUAAGGAGACUUAAAGAGCAAUGGAAACCAAUGUUUACCAAACAGUUUAAGUCAAGUGUGUGCCCAAUCACUGUUGAGGUUUAAAGCUGCCCUGCCCACUAUAAAACACACACCUGGUAAGAAUUGUCUUGAUGAGAAGCAUUGUCUGAUGUACAUCAUGGCUCGGUCAAAAGAGCUGUCUGAAGACCUGUGAUCAAGGAUUGUUGAUUUCAGGGGUUGCGUUAACCGAAUAUUUUCCGUCGGUGACCGGUUUUUUAAAACGGUGACGGAAAAAACUCAUUUUGACAGGUUGCAAUUCACACCCUAGACCACAGGGUGGCGAGUGAGCACAUUAAUUAGCUAUUGUCUCUCUUAAUGCAUGACGUCGUUGGCUAUUCUGUCAGAAUAUUGUAGCGUCACCGGGGUCUGGCGGCGGCACCGUGAUUGACACAUCAACGCGAGGUUCUUAUUGGUGCACCCGGUGUGCCAGCGCGUCAUCCAAUUGGUGGACUAGAUUGCCGCCUGUGUAUAGACCCCAAUCACAUGACAUCACAACUCCGCCCCCCUGACUGGAGCCGCCAUAUUGUGUGUCAGCUCGUCUUGUUUACACAUUACCACUACGUACAUGCCUCCUAUUACGGCGUGUUUUUCUGCUCGUUAACAUUAAUAAUCAAAAUGGUGAAGGCGUGUGUGGCGGUUGGUUGCAGUAACAGAGAAGAUCGACGGAGAGACUUGAAGUUAUACCGUAUUCUGAGAGACCCGAAGAGGAGAGCAAGAUGGACUGCUGUAAUUUGACAAGAAAGCUGGGCACCAAACGAUCACCACAGACUAUGUAGUAGUCAUUUUAUAUCUGGUAAGAUGCAUUUAAUAUAUAUUUAGAAGAUUUUGGGCUGACAACCACAAUCAAGAUCAUUGUGUGACGUUGGUGAUUGGGGUCUAUAUAGUUGCCUCUUUUUCUUUGGGGGCGGAGUUGUUGUUUUGUUGGUGUUGUUGGCGGUAAGUAGAGUAAAAAGAGGGUUAAAAAUACCACGACUUCCGUGUCUAAUUUUUCACCGCCAAGCAAGCGUUACAAUAUUAAUUAAAAAUGAAUGAAAACUAAAUACUAUUGAAUAUGUCAUCAUUAUCAUUUUAAAAAUUUAAGUGACGGGUAAAAAUAGAUUAUGACCGGAUUUUUAUGACCCUGUCAGUCAAAAUGACAGACAACGAAAAUGUCUCGCGCAACCUUUGGUUGAUUUGUAUAAAGCUCGGAAAGGAUACAAAACCAUCUCUUAAAGUCUGGAUGUUCAUCAAUUGACAAUCAGAGAAGUUGUCUACAAAUGGAGAGUUUGGCACUGUUGCUUCUCUCCCAAGGAGUAGCCAUCCACCAAAGAUGACGCCAAGAGUUUAGCGCAGAAUAUUCAGAGAGGUAAAAAGAACCCUAGAGUGUCUGCUAAAGACUUACAGAAGUCACUGGCAGAGUCUAUCUCUGCACACAUCAACUCUAUGUAAAACAUGGCCAAGAAUUGUGUUCAUGGGAGGACUCCAUGGGGAAAGCCACUGCUAUCUAAAAAACAUUGUUGCUCGUUUAAUGUUUGCAAAAAGGCACUUGGACACUCCACAGACGUUUUGGCAAAAUAUAUUGUAGACUGAUGAAAACAAAGUUGAAUUGUUUGGGAGUAACACACAAUGUCAUGUGUGGAGGAAAAAUGGAACAGCUCACCAACAUGAACCUCACCCCCACCGUGAAACAUGGUGGACGGAGCAUCAUUUUUUGGGGGUGUUAUGCUGCCUCAGGGCCUGGACAACUUGCAAUCAUUAAUGGAAGAAUGAAUUCAAAAGUUUAUCAGGAUGUUUUGCAGGAAAACCUGAGGCCGUCUGUCUGACAGUUGAAGCUAAAAAAGAGGAUGGAUACUGCAACAAGACAAUGAUCCAAAACACAGAGGUAAAUCAACUUCAGAAUGGUUUCAGAAGAACAAAAUACAUGUUCUGGAGUGGCCAAGUCAAAGUCCAGACUUGAACCGCAUUGAGAUGCUGUGGAAUGACCUAAAGACAGCUAGCUAUUCAUGCCAGACAUCCCAGGAAUCUGACUGAACUAUAGUAGUUUUAUAGAGAAGAACGGGCCAAGAUUAGUCCUGAUCGAUAUGCCAGACUGAUCUGCAGCUACAGGAAGCGCCUGGUUGAAGUUAUUACUGCCAAAGGGGUGGGGGGGGGGGGGCACAAAAUAUUAAAUGAGAUGGUUCUCUUAUUUAUUUUCCCCCCCUUCUGUCAUUGUUUGCAUACCAUCCUCAUUAAGAUAUGAAAAUCUACAAAUGUUUGGUGGUUUUAGUUAGACAGUUUUUUUCAUCUGAGUGAUUUUGACAAAGAUCAGAUCACAUUUGAUGGUGAUUUUAUGCAGAAAUGGGGUUCAGAUACUUUUUCAUACCCACUGUAUAAUACAACAAAAAUGCGUCCGUCACUUUCUGUGAAAAAUUCCAAGCGUGCAUGAAUGUAGCACAACAAGUUACAUCAUCCCUUUUAUUAUUGAUGUAAAAUCUUUGGCUGCCAUUGACAGCGAUAGAUGUCCAAUAUUUUUUGAGUCCAAAGUCAAAAAAGAGUUCAAAUGUCACUCACUCUGCCCUACUAUACUCUAGUCCUUCCCGUCCUCCUUCUUGAAUGUCUAUUGACGUCAGUGGUACUGAAUAAGUUGCAAAAGGAAGGAAAUGUUUCUGACUAGUUAGAGAAAAGUGAUGGAUGGUUCACAGGUGAAAAAUCCCCCAAAAGAACAAAGAACACUAAUUUACAAAAUAAGAUGAGGGGUUUUUUUAGAGGUAAAAAUGAGAAUUCUUUUGGGAUAACAUUAUAUUAAUGGGAAAAAACAUACGUAAGUAUUAAACAUAACCUAUUAAACAUAAAUAUUAAAAAUAUUUGUGCCCCCCACCCGACAAGUAAGAAAAGACUCAAUUCUUGAUGAAUACAACACUUUCUAAACAACAAAAGCUUAUUUUUCUCGCAAAAAUAUGGCAUACAUUUUGAAAAGAAAGAAAAAAAAAAACGGGUGCACAUGUAUAUUUAAAACUUGGACCAUAUUCAUGCAUGGUUCACCACUUUUUCUGAUGAAAUUCUCUUGAAAAACAUUACUUUAUUGCAACACGUACCUAGUUCGUUAUGAGAUUCCUUUUAUGUUGUUGGGAAACAAAAUUCUCUUUGUCAUAAGACUGUCAAAAUGAUGUAACACCUGUCAUGAAUAUGAAUGAGGGUUUAUCACAAAAUGUCAUUUAGUCAAUUACGCUAUGUCAUGUUUGAUGCAAUAUUGAGAUUUUUUUCAAAUGUCUUUGGGUUGGGAUUAGAGUUUAGGAACUGUGUUAGGGUUAGAGAACCUAAUGGUAGUGUUGGGUUAUGGUUUGUCAAUGAUGUCAAUAACUAAAUUAUUUCGCCAACGAAUAAUUUUUUCGUGACCAUAAUGAGCUAAAAACUUACCUUGGGAGACUAAAACAUAACGAGACGAAUUCCAGUUGUCGUCUGACGAGACGAAAAUGCGCGAGUUUCUGUGACAUGUUCACAAUGUGAGACAUUUUUAUGUGUAGUUAGCCUGCAUCGUGGCAGUGUGUGGUUGUGUCGCUCAUGUUAUGCGCCAGUGUCCUCUCCAGUCUCCAGGCUUGCUUAAGUUGAAACACACACGGUAAGAUUUGUUUUCUUAUCUUGGCAAGAAAGAAUAUGCGAUGUUGUUUCAGCCUUUAAAGGUCUGUGCUGAGUGAUCAUCACACACUAAAUGUAACGUUAGCGUUAACAUAGCAUUCACGUUCGAGUUAGCAUUAGGUUGAUGCUAAAAGCGACCGUCCUCUUAAACUCUUGCACAACUUUAAAAAAAAAACAGUUUGUGGCACCCAUUUGGGUAUAAUUCAUUUAAAAUAGGCACUUUUUUCCUGCUGAGUGUGUUUGAUCACCAAGUUGGCGCUAAAUUGACGUGACAAUAUGGCUACGUGCAUACUACAGGUCUUAAUGCACGAAUCUGAUUUUUUGGCGUGCCCGUUUAGACUGCCUUUGUCCAUUGAGACCGUUCAAGUAUUACGUAUGCGCACUAAUUCGCAGUCCGACACGCGCUGAGCAAGAAGACCCGCAUGCGCAGAACCAUCAAAACAAAUGACACACGUCAUCCGUCAUUCCAGGGAUAUCAUAUUUUGCUUUUCAAAAGGAGGACACAAAUAACAGACAUAAAUAAUCCCCGUUUAGGCUUAUAUUAAAAGUUUAUAUGGAUCGAUAGCAUGCACGCACUGUCCGUGCAUGUCACACACACAAACGGGCUGUUUGCCCUGACUCUCGGCCGUGUAGGCAAUGUUGAAAUAUUGCUCACUUGGAGCAGAGAGAAAACUGAGCAUUCUCAGGCUUAUCCUCAGCCCAUUUUUAUUUUUUAUGACUUGUCAAGCCCAGCCCUUCCCCAAAAGCCGUGUUCACUGCAAGCUAGGCGCUAAUAACGCACAGCUGCAUCGCUACGGUAGCGUCUCUCUCGCUAUUUGAUGACGUAAUUGCUGCAUGAAAUCUGAUUUGGGAGAGUGGACAGUACAGACCGCCGCGACAGUCUGGAAAAAUGUGGCCCAGAUCGGAUUUGAAAUGGUCCAGUUCUAUGCGACUUGUCACGUUCAGACCGUCAAGUUAAUGCCUCACUCGAGUCGGAAAAACACGAAAAAAUCGGAUUCGUGCAUUAAGACCUGUAGUAUGAACGUAGCCUAUGUGCUCGUCUGUCAAUGUUCAUUCAAAAUACAAAUAGUCCCCGGGUUACGAACAAGUUCUGUUCCUACGCUGGCGACGUAACCCGAAUUUCCGCGUAUGUCUGAAUCAACCCUUUAAAAAUUCAAAGUCCAAAAGUACUGUAUUUUGUUUAAUGGUGGAGGAUACACUGCUCUCUGGUGGCUGCGUUGGAUUUGGCUGGACUGUUACAUGCUGUACCUGCCAACCCGAGGCCGUUACAAAUCGUGACGUAUGCCCUUACAAAUUGGUGACUUAUCUUACAACGUUGUAAAUAGUGUGCAAUAUGAACCAAAAAUAAAACUCAAUUUUUAAAAUAAUAUGAAUUUAUUUGUAAUAUUGUAACAUAUAACCUGGUGCAAUCAAAGAACAAUAUCUUCAGCUACAUCAUGAUUACGUACUAAAAUUUAACGGUGACCUUUGUUAUAAUUGUAUUAAGGCUGUCAAAAUUAUCGCGUUAACGGGCGGUAAUUAAUUUUUUAAAUUAAUUACGUCAAAAUAUUGGACGCAAUUAGCGCACAUGCCCCGCUGAAACAGAUUAAAAUGACAGUUGAGUGUCAGGUGCGCUUGUUACUUGUGUUUUUGGAGUUUUGUCGCCCUCUGCUGGCGCUUGGGUGCGCAGAGGGAUUUUAUGGUUUUCAGCACCAUGAGAAUUGGUGGUGCUGAACAAUGGCGAGCUACUAGUUCAUUUUUUGUUUGAAAAUUUUACAAAUUUUAUUAAAACGUAAACAUUGAGAGGUUUUAAAAUAAAAUUUCUAUAACUUGUACUAACAUUUAUCUUUUAAGAACUACAAGUCUUUCUAUCCAUGGAUCGCUUUAAUAGAAUGUUGAUAAUAGAGGUGUGCAAAAUUUCCGAUUCUUAGAUUAUUCACGAUUCGGCCGUGGAAGAUUCGAGAACGAUUCACAAACAUCCAAAUUCCGAUUAUUGAAAUAUGCGAAGUAAAGCGGAAGUACACAACACUCAGCGCACCGCACGGUCUUCGGGACGGAACGGAGCGAGAGUAACUAAACAUUAUGCUUCCCAUUACCCGGCCCCUCGGAUAAUGCCAAUGCUCAACUCACGGCGCUAGCUCAACUCAUGCAACGAGAUAAAAAAACACAACAACAUACCUGACUGCUGCCGAAAAGCUGCUUCAAAGUACAUCCAUAUAAUGUUACGGUGGAUAUCAUUUAUAUAGGACUAGAUGCAAUAUAGAUUUGGUAGUGUUAGCAGCACAUCUACAAAAAGCUAGAUGCGGGCGUUAUCAACGGCCGCCAUCUUAAAGCAGUACACUUCCCUGCAAGGCUGUUGUAGCGAACCUUCCAAGCAAACCUAAUUAACUUUUUUAUCUAAAAUACUCCUAAAUCGGUAAAGUAUUGAAUUGAAUCGAUCUUUAAAAUAGUUUUAAAACUUUCACAUGUCGAAAGUAGACAAAAGUGAAAUUAUGGAAUAACGGGAGCAAUUUUAACAAAUUUAACGGUUGAUUCACAACAUUAAAGUAAUUGAAUUUAGUUUAAACUGCUGAUACAGAAUGGGGACUGGAGUUUUUUUAUUUAAUGUUAUUUUUGUAUAUUUGUUUAUUGCUAUAUGUUAACUUGAUACUGAAAUAGUAGUGUGGUUUAGCCUGAGAGUAUUUUUGAACAAUUUUGGAACUAAUGUACAAAACAUUAAAAAGAAAAAAAGAGAGAAAAAAAGGAGGGGGGUGCAUCAAUAAUCGUUUUAUAAUCGAAUCAGAGCCUCUGAAUCGUAAUCGUAAUCGAAUCGUUAGGUGCCCAAAGAUUCCCAGCUCUAGUUAAUAAUGUUAAUGCCAUCUUGUUGAUUUAUUGUUAUAAUAAACAAAUUCGGUACUUAUGUACAGUAUGUUGAAUGUGUAUAUCCAUCUUGUGUCUUUCCAUUCCAACAAUAAUUUACAGAAAAAUAUUUUAUAGAUGGUCUGAAUUGCGAUUAAUUGCGAUUGAUUACAAUUAAUUAAUUUUUAAGCUGUGAUUAACGCGAUAAAAAAUUUUAAUCGUUUGAUUAAAUUGUAUAUAAAACUUUUGGCAAUUUCUAUCAUGUCUUGAUGGCUGCACUGCAUGGAUGGCACUUCAGCUCGCAAUUCAGUUUGACAUAAAGGUAGUUCGUUACAUCAUUUAAAGAUAGAUUCAAGUGAAGAUUUUGCCGAUUUAGGACUAUUUUAGAUAAAAAGUUAAGUAAGUUUGCUACAUAGGUUCACUACAACAGAGCCUUUCUGAGAAGUCUACUGCUUCCAAAUGGCGGCUGUUUAUUAAUGCCGCCGUCUGACAUUUCGCAUGUAGUUCUAUAAGCAUGUGAUAUCUAGGCGUAGAUUGUAGGCUGUCGGCAACAGUCAGGAAAUAUUGGAGCCACCUAGCCUAGCAUCGCGUUUGCUACAGCGUCACAACAAACACUCUUCUCUCUGUGUCGCUGACUUUUCUCGCGUCAUUCAACCAACGUAGCAACGCAUCGUAACGCACAUUUCCUCGUUGCCGAAACGGUGACAAAAUCCCAACGGAGGGGAAAAAAACGUAAUGCAUGAAAAAUGUACAGAUUUUGAACGUACGCCGUACACAUUUUAAAAAACAGUGCUCACUUGUACAAAUUACGCCGAAACCGUUAAACUUGAGAGAUAUGCUGUUAUUCAAUAAUGCUUCCAUACAGGAGCACUCAGACGUCUCACAUGGGUAAAGGAUAGCUGCGCUCUAGUUUGGCCCUCGUAAGGCUGUAAGUUACUUUAGCUAAUAUAUAUUUGUGUAUGAAUGUGUAAUUAAGCUUAGAGCUACAGUUUGUGUAGUUACGUGUUAGCGAUUUGUUAUCAGAAUUGUAAAUACGCAUUCGUAGCAUUUAAGCUAGCAGAGUGUAAGCGAAGCAAGUUAGGCUGAUUUAAUCCACUAAAUUUACAUAUUAAUCACACUAGAUGGACGUUUGAACACCAAUCAUUUUGUGUCGAGUGUUUCAUUGUUAAAAUGCAUGUCGUUUUGAACAAAGACGUGUAGAUGCAGUAUGUGUGUUACAUCUCUACAAAUUGUCAAAAGUGAAGGAAGUAUGGAGCUUCAAAAAGUACAAUUGCUUUGUUUGCUGGUUGUCAAGCUGAACAACUUCACAUUUAGUGAGGACAGAACAAUUCGUGUCAAUAAAGUAAAGUAAAAAAAUAAGAUACUGUGAGGUACAAUUAGGUACUGUUUGUGCUACUUUAAGAAAAAACAAAAAAGACGAAUCAAAAUGGCGAACGAGACUCCAGCGUCAUAAAGUCGAGUACGUUGUGACCCGGGGAAUACCUGUAGUUGUAAUCCUUUAUUUAUUUAUUUGUUUAUUGGGUAAAACUUUAGAAUCGUACAAAUGAAAACAUUCUGAAUAAGCAUCAACUAAAAUAAGACGAAAUUAGUCUUGAGUUUUUUUUUCGACAAAAAUUAGACAAAGACAAACCCAUUUAGAAAUGACUAAAAUAUGACUGAGACUAGUAAGUAUUAUUGUCCAAAAAACUAAGACAAAAAUGAAAAAAUGGCUGCCAAAGACAACACUGUGUAAUAGGAUAUGUAAUAAGUAAUCACUAAUAUUCAUGACAAUGUCAUGUCAUAAUUAUGACGGUCUUAUGACAGAGUUCAAAUAAAGUGUUACUACAAAAAUAUUUCUUGAAAAUAUACAAAUAUUAUUCAUCUAGGCUUGUCGUGAUGGACUCGAGCAUGCUUGAUAUUUUUGUUUGCCGCCUACUGAACAAGGGGAAAAGUGGACAUAUAUUAGUAAAAUUAAAAGAAAAUGCACUAGAUAAAAGUGAAGACAAUUACAUAAAAGUAUUUUAAAAUGUAUUAAAGUAGAACAUACAAAAUGUCAUUUUUCAGUGGCAUAGAUCAGUUUACAUGUGUACAAAAAGAUGUUUUUACAUGUUUAGUACCUGUUUUUCACAUAAGACUCGCACUGCCACCGCCAAGCCAAAGAAUCACCGUGUCAGUGGAAAUUCGGACAGCUAACAUGAUUGUGGAGGGACUGCUUCAUUAAAGCUGAAUUCAAAGAGGGGAGAAAAAGCACUAUUUAUUUGCCUUUUUUUCUCAUUUUCUGUCAAUAACAUAUAAUAAAACUUCAAACCUUCAACACAAACUUUAUUUAGUAACUAUAACUUUAUGUACACUUUUGUUGCCGUUAAGUGUUAAAAACGUUCGGAAAUGUUUUGUCGUGUUACAUCGGUGAUGUUGCAAUAGUCUGCAAUAAAAUAUUUUUAUGAAAGGAAUGUUAUGGAACAUGCAGUCAAAGUCAUUGUGAC